AUGUCUGAAGAAGGGUCAUCAAAUUUUGAUUUGGAAUUAAACUCGCAUAAUCAAAGCAAUGAUUUAAUUAAACUUCAAACUAAUUUUAAUAAUCUUCAAAUAAAAUUUAAUGAAGAGAAGGAAAAGACUUCUAAUUUAGAAAAUGAAUUAAAAAAAAUUCAAAAAAUAAUUAACGAAGAUAUUAAACAAUUGAAAGAUGAAAAUGUUCGAAAAGAUGGGAAGAUUAAUUCUUUGGAAGUUGAAAUUAAAACGGUAAAUGAAUUGCUUGAGAAAAAGAUUGUGGAAUUAACAUUUAAAUUGAAUAAUGAGAUUUUCAAAUGUGUGAAUUUUGUAAAAAUUAAAAAUAAAUGGAGUGAAUUUGAACUAAAAGACGACUCCGUUAUCUGUUGUUCUAGAAAUUGUGUAACAACAAACAACCCUAAACGUAGUUGUAUUAAAGGUAAUGGAUAUGUACAUAUAAUUAGUGAUGAAAAUAUUAAAUAUAUUAAUGGUGUUGAAGGGAAAAGAGGUAAGGAUGCAGCUGCUGGUGUUAAUGCAGAAAAUUCAUUUGAAAAACCUCAGAAUUGUUUAAAUUAUUCUUUGUAUUAUUUUGAGAUUAAAUGUAAAUUUGAAGUGGAUUUACAUGAUUAUAAAUGGAUGGUGUUAUGUUUAAAUAAUUGUAAAACAAAUAAAAGUAUUAGAUUUUAUGCUACAACUGCGACAAUGGUUAACGAGAAAUAUGAAGAAUUUAAACUUUCAACAUUUACUUGGAAUAAUAAUGAUAUUUUUGGAUAUGGAUUAGUUUAUCCUCCAACUAAUAUAUCAAAUGAAUUUCCUUAUGUUUUCCUUACACAAAAUGGAAAAGAAAUUGGUAAGGCUAUAUUAUUAACGGAGAAUUUCGACUCAUACAAACCACAUGUUUGGCUGGAAUAUUGUUCAAUUGAAGCUAAUUUUGGAAAUAAUUUGGAAACUAAACCAUUUAAAUACGACAUUUCAAAACAUGAAAUUCUUAAAGAAUUUUAUUGA